CUCUGGCUCCCAACCAACGCAACAUCAAUUAUGGGGAGAUUCAGAGCCAUGUUCAGUCCUGACAAAAGUCUGCGAAAGAACCCAAACCCCCUGGUCGCUGACCAGCUCCAGAUCUCCCGCCACAGCCUUACCCGGGAGGAUCAACCAUCGCUUUCAGAGUCGUUUCCUGAUGGAGUCAAGGUGCUGAGGGAUUGUCCCGACGCAACUGUCGACAUCUGUUUCAUUCACGGUUUAAGUGGAAAUCGAGAAAAGACAUGGAGAGGCCACGGCCAUUCUGAACCCUGGCCAAAAACGCUUCUACCAUCCAGACUCACAAGAGCCCGUAUCCUUACCUAUGGCUACGACGCCUAUGUCGUCGCAAAGUCCGGCCCAGCAUCAACAAAUCGACUCAUCGACCAUGCGACGAAUUUGUUGAACGACUUGACGACAGACAGAGCAUUAAGCGGUGCAUCGUCUCGUCCGCUCAUCUUUGUCGUCCACAGUCUUGGAGGACUUGUCCUCAAAGCAGCCAUCCUCCGUUCACGAAACAACCCGGACCGACAUCUUCGUGGUAUCUUUGAACAUACCAAAGGCAUCAUCUUCAUGGGCACUCCUCACAAGGGAUCAUGGAUGGCGGACUGGGCCAAGAUGCCUGCUUCUGCCCUCGGCCUCAUCAAGUCUACCAGUGUCACCCUGUUAGACCUCUUGCAGAGAGACAACCAGCUCCUCGAGUCUAUUCAAGUAGAGUUUUGGUCCAUGAUACGAGAUUUGCGGGAGAGCGGCAGGUCUCUUGAGAUUAUGUGCUUCUACGAAGAGUUGCCUCUGCCCGUAGUUGGCAAAGUCGUAUCCAAGGAAUCGGCGACGCUAGAAGGGUACAACUCUGCGACUAUCCACGCCAACCACCGAGACAUGGUCAAAUUCGGUUCCGUCGAAGAUAAUGGCUUCAAGAGGCUGCUUGGUGAGCUGUCGAGAUGGGAAUCGCAGAUCAGGCCGUCUACCCCCUCACAAUUAACACAACCGACACUGGUGGAACCGCGGAUUGAGCUGCCUGGCUCGUCUGUUAGCGACUAUGCCUCUGGAGACUACGCUUCUGGUCUACAGACCUACGGGGGCCAGACUUCUGGGAGCAACCCCUCUUAUGGCUACCCAUCUUGGGGCUCGGGGAACGAGUCUCCAGGCCAUGAUGUGCCUCGUAACCCGGCUCCCACCAACACAGCCCCUGUCAACCAUUUCAGUACAUCAGGAGGGACCCAGAACAACAACACCGGCAGCGGUUAUCAGUUUUCUGGCGCAACGUUUACCGGACAAGUGUAUUUUGGUGGGCAGGGGUCUUGA